CCUCCAUUUCUUACACCACCUUAACCGGCACCGGAGACAUGCAAGGCCUCCGCUCUGACGCCGAGUUCACCCUACAACUAUCUCCCACCACCGCUUCCCCACUCGCAAUCAACAUAUCCGAGUCAACUCACACGACGAUCCAACGACUCAUAACCGAAAGCCCAGUUGUGAUAUUCAGCCGCUCAGACUGCUACAUGUGUGAUGUCAUGAAACGUCUCUUUUAUUCCAUCGGUGUUUACCCCACUGUUAUUGAACUGGAGGAGGAUGAGAUCGCUGAUCUUGCUGCCUUUAACUGUCAUGGUGGCGGUGGAGAUGACGUGGCUCCGGUGGUGUUCAUUGGUGGGAGUUUUGUUGGUGGGUUGGAGAGCCUUGUGGCAAUUCAUUUGAGUGGUUGUCUUGUUUCGAGGCUUGUGGAAAUUGGAGUUCUUCAGGGUGUUGUGUUGUAACAGUGGUUAAUUACAAAGGGUUGUUUUUGUAAUUUUGUUUGAUUGAAAAAAUAAUAAUGUCUUUGUAGGUUUAACUUUGUUUAUUAGUUAUUGAAUAGUAGCACAUCAUUAUAAAA